UAUGGUCAUUGUUAAGGUUAUGUUUACUCUGGCGAAUUUGCGAGUGGGUGAGAUACGUGCAUGAGAGGGAAGAAAGAAGCUUGGUCUUACGGCGUCAAAAUAGAAACGCGGAGAAAUUUGCUUACUGCUGAUAUUACAUGCAAAACAUGGUGUACUUGCACUUCCCGUCGAAUCUAACAGAGGAGGAGUUGAUGCUGCAGGCCAAAUACAACAAGCUCAAGAGAAAGAAAAAGGCCCUGCAGGAUCUCAAGUCACCUAAGCAAGAAGUUGAGCGCAUUCCCCAGGCGCUGAAACGACCCUCGACGGAAGCGAGGGACGCCCGCGAGGUAGCUAAGAAGUUAAUCAAAUCCGGCGUGAUCACAGCACCGAAGACUCCCAAGCGGCCAGAGCAAACGUUCAAACGGUCUCGGGGAUUGGAGAGGAAGUUGAACAGUACGGAGAAGGCAAUCAGUUCUUACCAGCCAUUUUCGGCUACGCAAGAGGAAGAGGAGACGGAGGCAGCGCGGCCGAGGGUAAAGGACCUGUACAACAGCUUUGUCGGUGCUCAGGACACCGGCGACAGAAACACCAGCGAUGCGCAGUCCGCGUCCAAGCAGGAGAUCAAGCCGCGUGCGGGAAAUACGAUAUUCGUCUGCGGUUAUAAGAUUACGGAGGAUUAUUUGAAGAAGCACUUUCAAAGUUUCGGGAAUAUCAUUAACAUCUCGAUGGAGGUGGAGAAAAAUCGCGGCUUCAUAACUUUCGAGAAAGCCGAAGCAGCCGAACGAGCGAUAAGCGAGAUGGACGGCAGCAUGGUGUCUUCGAUUCAGUUGAAGGUCUCGCUGGCAAGGAGGCAGCCCAUAAUAGAACCCGUCGGUGACACCAUGUCCAGUUCGAUGUGGUCACCGAUCGCGGCCAACUACUCGCAGAAAAGUGCGCACAAAGACAGGCGAGAUCUUAAAGUAUAUGAAGAAGACCUUUUUCAGUAAAUAAUUUUGUUACGCUCAUACGUUUUUUUUCCUGAGAUGCUGAUGUUAUUUUAUAUCACAUAUUGUGAUAUAUUUAUGUUUCAUUAUAUGUGUUAACAAUCAGCAUUUCGUACUUGUUUAAAAAUUUGUGUUCUGAUUUAUUUUUAAUAUAGUUUUUUCAUUAUUUUUUCUCACUGUGCAUCAGCGUUACAAUUAGAGCAGCAAAUAUCUGCAAUCCUUGUAUAAUAAUUAGUUUUUUGUAUUAUUCAGAUAACGUAGUGUACGUGUAUACUUGUAUCGUGUAUGUAUACUUGAAUAUCUUCUAAUAAGUAUAUUGAAUAGCUAGUUGGUUGGUUAACUGACCGAUCGUUUAACAUGUUUAACAGAAACUGUCACCUGCAACAGGUUUAAUAAUUUAUUACAAUAAAGAAAUAGCUUAGUUUUCGUUGUAUUUAUCGUAAAAUAGAUAUUACAUUGGUAAUAUUAUAUAUGCGUACAAAGCACGUGAGAAAAAUUAAAGCAAGAGUUGUAAAUAUAACGUACUUUAGGAAUAUUAUAUAUUUUAUAAUUAUAUAUAUAUUAUAUAUUUUAUAAAUAUAUAUAUUUGGCACAGAGAAA